AUGAGCUCCAUCAUGCACAGCUUUCAAAGGAGCCAAGCCCUCCCCGUCUCUCAAACCGAAUCAAAUGAGCAGCCGCCAUUGCCGGCGUUACGAAGGAGGCUUUCCUCUUUGUCUCUUAAGCUACACCCUUCCACCUAUUCACCAUCACCGUCGUCAUGGGCGUUCCCCAGAUCCAAGUCCUUGUCUUCCAUGGGGGACUACGCUGGUAGUUCCAUCAGGAAAUGGUGGGAUUGGGGAUGGUCUUGGGUUCUUUCCAGGAAACCCAUGUUUGCCCAAGACCUUGAAAUGAACGAAGAAGAAACUAGGGUUCUGGGUUGCCACAACAAAGGCAACUGGAUGCAUGUCUUUUACAAGAUGAGAUCUGAGAUCAAGAAACUCAUGGGAUCUGAUAAGGUUGGCCUCCCACAAACUCGCAGGUAUGAUUCUUUAGCCUACUCCAAGAAUUUUGGCAAGGAAAAGAAAAUCUAUGGUUGA